AUGACUGUUGUCCACGACAUAGGCUUCUACAUAGAGACAGACAGACAGGAAAUUCUGGAGAAGGUAUCCAACACUCCGUCCCUGUCUGUAGAGGACAUCCUCUCUGUCCCUGACGUCUAUGUGAGGUACUUCCUGCUUGCAAACCUUUCAAUCCCAGCAUCCGAAGGAAGCAGCCGGCUCAUGAAGGACCUUAGGGCAUUCUUCAAUGAGUUUACGCAGUCAGAAAGGAUUGUAGAGGUGGACUUUAGCCGGAAAAUGUCAGAGUUUGUGAGGCAGAGCAUCGUUCCCAUUGGAAUGGAGGACUUCAUUGGAUGCAUCAGUGAGCUGGAACCGUCGUGCAUCGAUCUUGAGCACUACAGAAGGUACUUUGGAUACAGCCAGACAUACAGCCUGUACAGGUCGAUGAUAAAAAGAAUCUUUAGCUGUAGCUUUAGUUACAGAGAAAUAGGAUUGGUCAUGCUUCUGCUGGACAACGAGGCAAUGUGCUUCAAAAGGCUGCUGCCUAUAUUUGCCAGGCUAACCACGUACGUGACGCACAGCGUUCUCGACAAAAACAUUGUGGCAUGCUGCAUUGCCCUCCGGUCUGUCCUUACAUAUAUUCCAGGCACAAUGAAUGGAAAGGACGAGUAUGUGCUGUCGCUGAUUUCCUAUCUCACAGGAAUAGUCUCCCGCCACACAAGCUUUGUAUUCAUCAACGAAGGAGAUGCAGAUGAGAUAAUCUUGACGAUUGACCUCCUGACCAGAUUCUGCUUCACCAUCGAUGUUUCCAUGACCUCCGAGGGAAUGCUCAAGGAGGCCAUAUUCCAUCUUGAAUUCCUUUCCAGCGGCAGAAUGGUGCUCUACGAGGAAAUCUUUGCGAUGGUAUGCGUCCUAGAAACUAUUCCGUCGAUGUGUCGUCUCUUGGGAGACUCUGUGAACAAUGACUUCUCGGCAGCCUAUUCCUUGGUGCAGAAGCUGGUCCUCCCAAGAGCUGACCAUGUGGGGUUGGACGAGUGGAGUCAUGUCUACAGCAGGUUUCUCGUGGCAAAGUACAGGUGCUUGGAGUCUCUGCGCCCAUGGAAGACAGCAUUCGACCGGAUUGCAUUCUACAACGAUAUCGAGUCUACAAAGCAUCCGUCCAAGAUGCUCCGCGCCCUGGAGGGCCUGAAGGAGGAUGUUUCGUGGUCCGACAUGAUUGUUUUUGCUUGCCACCCGGGAUCCCAGGAGGAAUGGCUACAGUUUAUAUUUGAUGGUUUCUUUGUGAAAGGCCCCGAGCACCUUGUAUAUAUUGAGCUGUUCGUGGAGUCUGUUGGGAGCAGACCGGAUCUCCUGCUGUACUCUGGGUAUCUGCUGCUGAAGCACUUUGAAGACAUCGAAGCUGAAAAGAAAUGGGACAUCCUUGUUGACUUGUUUCUUCGGAACAUCCGGAGCCUGGACCAAAGGGCGGUUAGGCUGAGAUGCAUUAUAUCUGAUUAUAUAGGCGCCUUGGAGCCUGGAGGACAGAGAUCGACCUUCUUGAAUAUUCUGGUAAGAAGGCUAGCAAGGGACUUUGUUUGCUUCAACCCGAGCAUUAUUGCGCUUCUGCACAGGCUGCUCAGGAGCGGCUGGGAGAUAUCUCAGGAGACAUCGACCACGAUCUAUCUGUAUCUCAGAAGGUGUGCUGCGUCCGAGUGGAAGGAAGGAGAGGCGUCCGACGACAUGGAGGCUAUGUAUGUAUGUGUUGCAUCAAGGGCGGUGAUCCUAUCUGGGGCCACUGUGGAUUUCAGGGAGUCGGACUCGAACCUGGAAAGAUAUUAUGGGCUUGUCAUCUCAAGCCUCUCGUGGAUCAAAGGAAGACUGCCUGAGGAACAUGUCCGGAGAAUCAAGGAGGUGAUGCUGUAUUUCCUGUUUGAGGCGGAUAGGAGACAGGUGUAUGAGCUUGGGCGGCUAAUGAAAGGGGAGCACUCGAGAUUUGCUGAUAAGUUUGAUGAGCUUUAUGGAGACCAAUAG